AUGCGGGAGUUCAAUAUAAAGCCGGACCUAGUGACUUAUACUAGUAUGAUUGGGAUGUUUACGGAAAGAGAUGCAUUGGGAGCAUUGGCUUUGUUGGAGAAGAUGGAAAUGAAGGGAUGUGAGCCAAAUUCACGCACAUAUAAAUUGCUACAUGGGUUGUGUAAAUCGAGAUUAUUAGAUAAGCCGAUUGAAUUGUACGGGGAGAUGAAGAAAGGUGAUAUGAAGCUGGAAACUGGGUUUUAUGGAACUUUUUGGAGGGCGUUGUGUAGGAAUGGCAGAGUUGCAGAUGCUUAUGAAGUGUUUGGUUAUGCAGUUGAGAGCAAGAGCUUGACUGAUGUUACUGCAUACACGACAUUAGAGAAUACACUUAAGUGGUUGAGGAAAGCUAGGUAA